AAAGUGGAAAUGCAGUUGACUUUUAAAGAAGGGAGAAACUGGUCGUGCGCCCUUUUCUCUGGGAUCCAAGUGGCUUCUGCAUUUCCUCUGCAGGGCUAUGGAAGAGGAGCUGACUGAACUGGAAGCUGGGAAGGCUGCUUGAUUGCGUGGAGAAGGGAAGGGAAAAGGCACAAAGGCUUCUUUGGAUGCAGACAGCUUUUAAGCAGGAGGUGGCCAAGACAGCUGAAGACUCUCAGAAACCUGUCAAAAAAGAGGGUUAAGAGACAGACCAGUGGGAGAUUUGGUGAACAGUGUGCUGGCUUUUGAAAAUGAAGCGGGGGAGCAGGAAGGAAUGUCACCAGAGAUAAGAGGAAGGGGGAUAAACUUUGAACAAAAUGAGAGGAGGCUUAAGUAUGAGCCAAGAUGAUCACAAAAGAGAAGAGAGAACAACGGAAGGAAGACAAAUACAAAGCUCAGGCUGAAAACUACUGGUGAAAAAAAAAAAAAAUCACUGUGUCUGUGAGGACUGCAUUACACAGGGAACAUGCUACAAGGAGGACAAGGAGAAUCGUGAUAGGACUUUCAGCAGCUCUAGGCUGGCAUGGAUCAUGAAAGAUAAGCAAUGAUUAACUUCUGCUGAAGAGUUGAUGUGUACCUAGGAGUUAACGCAGAAUUCAUUUGGAAAUUUACUCAAGGGACUUCUCUGGUACUUCUCAGACAGGGAGAUGACUUGGGGAGGAGCCGAGUGAGCCUGCCCUGGGACUGUGGGGGAUCUAGGAGAGCAUCCAACACUACUGGAGCUGAGCCCCCAGAGCAGCCUGAUGGAGUCCCCCUACUUCACAUGGUUUUGUUUCCUGCUCCUGGCCAUUGCAGCUGCCCAUCCAAAUAUUGCCAUGCCCUGUGGUGGUGACCCUGCUGAGGGAUCACAACGGUCUUCAUCUGGCAAAACAAAUGUGACAGUCUACCACUGCAAAAACUGUGAGGAACACAUAUGCAAAUCAUCCAAUUAUGAAGGCUUUGUAAAAAUUGGUGAAACACAAAGUGAGACAUUUUCAAAUGAAGUAAUUCAGUUGGUGACCAGUGAAACACACAUCAUGAUGUGCCUUCAGCAAGAAGAAAAUGCUUGUCUUAAAGGAAUUUAUGCCAUAGUCUGGGAGAAAGCCAUGGGAGUAGGAGACUCAUGUGGCACACUGGAUUUUAGAGUUUCCUCAGAAAACAGGGAGGAUAACAUCGUUAGAGAGGAGAUGAAAAUUUGCUGUAAAGUGGACACAAACCUCUCAGUACCCAGCCGUGUGCUGAAGUGUGGCCUACACAAUGUAAUGUCAGGAGGAGAAAACAGAAAAUCAGCAGCCGACAUCACUGCUGAAGGAAAUCAAGGUGAGCGUCAAUUUUCAGUCAGCCAAGGGAACAUUACCCUCACCACCACUUUACUGAUUGCUGGGGUUUGUGCAGCAGCAUUGCUAACGUAUCACAUUUGUCGGAAGCAAAAUCAUCAAGGAUCUGUCCCAGUGAUCAAGCCUGCUUUUUGUUGCUGUUAGAAAAACCAGAUGGCAUCCUGACAUGUAAAACCUUGUGCCUGAAAAACUUCUACAAACAAGACCUCCAAGCCAGCAGCAUGCUCCUCAGUAACGGUGUACAACAUGCAGCUGGACAAACGGACCUCAUUUUAUAUGAGACCUCAUGGUAGUUUUCACAAAUGUACCUUCAUCAAAUCCACAUGUUCACUGAGGGCUGUGAUUGCCACAGUUGUCCAGCUGCAGGCCUUCACAAGUGACAUGAAAAGCUCCUUGGAUCUCCCAUCCUUUCCUGGUGCUUUGCUCAGGACAGCAGUCAUUGCAAGAUGUGUGGAUGGCCCAGCACACAGGUUUAAACCAGCUGAAUUCUCUCAAUGAUUUUCAUGAUUGAAACUAUCAGUUCAUCUGAAAUUCUUCAGAGAACUGUAUUUGUGCUCAAUAAGGAUGUGUUGAACCCUGAGGUUCUCUGCAUGUCUUCAAUUUUGUAAUGUGAUAGCAUGCCCAUAGGUCUUUAUUUUUUUAACUCCUGGGUGGUCUUUACAUCUAAAAAAGCAUUUUGUACAGGUGACUGGUUUGUUGAAUUAGAGGGGUUUGACCUUUUGAACAGACAUUUGAUUUUGCAGCCAGCUGCAGGUUGAGGACAUCUCCUCUUGUUCCUGUGCAAGGGUGGAUGAGAGGGCAAUAUCCAGCUCCCUCAGAAACAGCAUUGGGUCAUGGAAGCCAUGGCCCCUUCCAGGCUGAAAAGAAGUAUGAUGUCAAUCUCCCUGAGAGACUAGGUCAUAAUACUGGCAAUUCUAACAUAGGACACUUUCAACAGUGAUUCCAGUGGGUGGGAAAGCAUAUUGAUGUACCCACUUCGUUUCCUUAUCAGAAAAGACUACAGUAUAUUUCUGCAUCUGAAGACAGGUUUGGGUAUCCUGUGUGCAGACAGUAGGUGAUGAAUAUUGCACUUCAGGGAUCCCCAUUUGGUAGUGCACAGGUGGUAUGUCAGCUUCAAAUGAUUUAUUGUUCAUGCUUGAUUUGAAGAAAUCCUCAAAACUUUGCAUUAGACCUAAUCUAGCAUCAGGCUUUUGAGCAAAAAACAGCAGCAGCACAAUUAGAAAAGCAGAUCCAUAAAACAGUUUGAAUACUUGCUGAAUCAUUUUUACAAGCUUUAAUUACCCAUAAAUCUGUUGCUGAAACUUGCAGCAGGAAAUCUCAAAGGAUGUAAUGUGUGUGACUCCUGAAAUUUGCUACAGUCAGAUCUAAAGGGAAAGGUUCAUAAUGAAAGACAUCCAAAAAAAUGUUAUUAAUUAAUUUUAGAAAUACAGAAAAGCCUCUGUGCUUAAUUUUAGCUCUUGUUUGGCACAGGAGACUAGUGUUGUUAUAGGUUGGUUUUUUUCCCUCCCCAGUAGAGGCUUUACACUCAUGCUGAUCUAAGAUACCCUUUUAAAUCGAUUCUCAGCUUAUUUGUUGGAUUUUGUCUUUUCAAUUUUAAUGUGGUGUAAUGCAGUCAAAACUUUAUGAAGAGGUGACAGUCCCCAGCUAUUCAAAGACUUUUUUUACUGAAUGUUAUUUUGACUGAUCCAGUUGUGAACUCUGUUAUAACAUGAUGAAUGUUGUAUGCUUAUCCAAUAAGCCAAAGCUAAGGUUACCUGUAAAGAGUCCAGACUGUGCAAGGAUUUAGAGAUAGAAGGAAAAAGACUUUUUAUACAGUGCCUUAGCACAAUUGCAGUUCCUGUCCUUUCCUGGAAGAGGGCUUCUGUAAGCUUGCGAUGGUGUAGAUGUGUAUCUAAAAGGAGGGAGGAAGAGGUUGGUUUGAGAUAAAAGCCAUACUUUUUUUUUAGGAAAUAAUGUAUCUGCUGCUAUAGCUUGGGAAAAGAGCACUCAUAGCGGGUAUGGGCCUUUCGCUUUUUGGCACCACAGCAGCUGUCAUGGGUGUUGCUUUUGGUUCUGUUCCGCUCUGCUCUAAGUCAUUGCUGUGGGUGUCUCUGAAGAAGUGCCAAGUGUUCCAUUUUACGCGAUUAAUCUGUCCACUGUGCUUCUGGAGACUUCCAGUGAGGUACACAUUAUCUUCCUCUAUCUAGAAAAAUACCAUCUUAACAUUGAAGGCCAUGGCAGUUCUUUUGUAUGACCUUUUAAUGAGAAAACCAAAUGCGUCCACGUGUGGAAAAAUCUAUGUGUGCGUGUAUAUAUGGUAUUUAAAUCGGGUGCUGACACUGGGUGGUUUUGGUAUAAACUCGGAUUUUGGGUUCUUCAGAGAAGGAACAAAGUGACACUUGAGAACUCACAUUGUAUUAACUUGAGGGAUUCAGGCUGAAUGAUGUGCAGGUUUAAUUUCUACUUUUUAACACCAGCUGGGGCCAGAGAGCUGGGUGUGUUUUGAGGAGAAAGUUUCUAUGGACACCUCUGCCCAGUGACAGUUCCUUAGCUAAAUUAGUCACAAGACAUAAAUCUCAGACCCAUUUUUACGGCUCACACAAGCACACUUUCAUUUAUAUCUCUUCUUCGUACUGAAUAUGCAGACUGUGAUAUUCAGAGGCAUCACUAGCAACUGUUUCACUUUGCCCCUCCUGAGCCGUGUUGUGCUGGUAGACACCAAUCAUCCCAUGCCUCAGGAAAAACUGUUCAAGGUAGCUUUAAAGAUCUGCAGUGUUCGUUCUCAGCAACUGCUUUGUGUUGUUUUGCAAUAUACAAAUAUAGACAAAUAAUUGCUAAUGAAAUAAAAAAUUACUAAAGAUACAAAGUGGUCUGAUUUGCCAAAUGCCAUAAUUUGAUAGUUGCAAUUUCACUUUGAUUUUGUUGUUGUUGUUGUUGUUGUUUUGUGUUACUAUACUCAUCACAAUAAAACAUUAGUUUAAAACCUG